AAGUACUUAUGCAAAGGAAUUGUAUCUGGUGGACAAGAAUACUGGGGAUCAGUGUCAUUCCCGGGCAAUGGACGAUUCCCAUCACGGCCAUGCAAUCGACCAGGGGAGUUAAUCACUAAUUGCGGUACCAGCUGUCCCAAGACAUGUGCCAACCGGGGUCAAAGGAUAAUGUGCACAAUGCGAUGUGUGCCUGGUUGUUUUUGUCAACUGGGCCUCGUGCGCGAUUAUGAAGGACCGUGGGAACAUUACACCGAUUGCGGUACCAGCUGUCCGAAGACCUGUGCCAACAUGGGUGUAGAGAUGAUGUGCACAAUGCAAUGUGUAUCCGGCUGUUUCUGUCUAACGGGCAUGGUGCGCAAUUAUCAGGGUAUUUGUGUUCUACCCGCACUUUGUAAUCUACCGAUGCACCCAAACAUGUUCAAUUUU